GCCUCUGUUGCUGCGCAUGCGCAGAGUGUUUAAAAAAAAAAAAAAAACGGUUGAGUAUUAGAGUUCAUCCUACGCCGAUUAUUGUUGCGCAUGUAUUUGCUCAAAUCGGCUGGUGAUAAGUUGUUGUGUUGCCGGCUGGAUAGAUUCCAAAACCUUCCAUCACCCUUGGUCGAGCAGUUUAUUCAACAUAGGAGGCCAAUUGCCGUUGAUCACCUCUCGACGACGCACCACUUGACACCCGGCGAACAAUCGAGAAACGGCAAAGGAUGCGUGAAAAUAUUAGAAUAUCAUGAAAAAGUAUACAAGUAGGCUAUUCAACUAAUCACCUGAAUCAUCUAAUUAACUCGAAACACCUGCGAGGGUUUCCUGAGCCUUAAAAACACUCAGCUUGGUUCACUAAACUAAAUCACAAGUAUGGGGAAGACUGCUGAUCUGACUGCUGUCCAGAGGACCAUCAUUGAUACCCUCCAUCAGGAGGGUAAGACACAAAAAGAAAUUUCUCAAAGAGUAGGCUGUUCACAGAGUGCAGUUUCAAAGCAUAUCCACAAAAAGUCUGUUGGAAGGGAAAAAUGUGGCGGGAAACGCUGCACAACCAAGAAAGAUGACCGCAGCCUUAACAAAAUUGUGAAGAAGAGCCGCUUCCAGAAGUUGGGGGAGCUACAAAGACAGUGGGCUGAAGCUGGAGUCCAGGUAUCAAAAGCCACAGUUCACAGACGUGUCCGGGAAAUGGGCUACAAUAGCCGUAUUCCCAUGGUCAAGCCACUUCUGAACUCAAGACAACGGAAGCGUCUGACUUGGGCUAUGGAGAAAAACACUGGACAGUUGCAGAGUGGUCCAAUGUCCUCUUUUCAGACGAAAGCAAGUUUUGCAUUUCAUUUGGAAGUCAAGGCGCCAGAGUCUGGAGAAAGGCUGGAGAGGAGCAAAAUCCAAGUUGCUUGAAAUCCAGUGUGAAGUUCCCACAGUCAGCAAUGGUUUGGGGAGCCAUGUCAGCUGCUGGUGUUGGUCCACUGCAGGGGUGGCCAUUACGUCGAUCGCGAUCGACCAGUCGAUCGCAACGCUAGUGUAGGUAGCUCGCAGCAUCAAAAAAAAAAAAAAAUUUUUUUUUUUUUUUUUUUUUUAAAUGUACAUAGUUAAUUAUGUUUUGUGAGCAAACAUAAUUUACCGUCCAUUUUUUAUUUAUAUUUUUUUAAACGUACACAGUUAUUUGUGUUUUGUGAGCAACAUAACGCCGUAUGUUGCUCUUAAGGUAGAUCGCGGGAGGUUGUCUCAUUUAAAAGUAGAUCUUGGAGCAAAAAACUUUGAGCACCCCUGGUCCACUGUGUUUCAUCAAGUCCAGAGUAAAUGCAACUGUGUACCAAGAGAUUUUAGAGCACUACAUGCUUCCAUCUGCUGAAAAGCUCUAUGGAGAUGAGGAUUUCAUUUUCCAGCAUGAUCUGGCACCUGCCCACAGUGCCAAAACCACCAGUAACUGGUGCACUGACCAUGGCAUCACUGUCCUUGAUUGGCCUGCUAAUUCCCCUGACCUGAACCCCAUCGAGAAUUUGUGGGGUAUAGUUAAGAAGAAGAUGAAAGACACCAGACCUACAAAUGCAAAUGAGCUGAAGGCCGCUAUCGAAGCAUCCUGGGCAUCAAUAACACCUCAGCAAUGCCACAGGCUGAUUGCCUCCAUGCCACGCCGGAUUGAUGCAGUAAUCCGUGCAAAAGGAUUCCCAACCAAGUACUGAGUGCAUCAAUGGACAUUUUCAAAUGUUUGAUUUAGUUGUGCUGUUAUAAAAUUAUUUUUUUACUUGGUCUGAGGAAGUAUUCUAAUUUUUUGAUAUAGGAUUUUUGAGGUUUCUUAAGCUGUAAGCCAAAAUCAGCAAUAUUCAAAUAAUAAAAGGCUUGAAAUAGUUCAGUUGAUGUGUAAUGAAUCCAGAAUGUAUGACAUUUUUGUUUUUUUAAUUGCAUUACAGAGAGUAAAGAACUUUAUCACAAUAUUCUAAUUAUCUGAGACAGUCCUGUACUUUGAUUGUUAUAAUUCUCUUUUUUGUCGUACUGUAAAUCCACAAUUCUGAAUAAAUUCUGGACAAGGAUGCUGAAUAUUAGUAGUGGACCUCUGUGACUACUCCCAAACUCAAAACUAUGCAUUUUUACGGAUCAAAUUUGAAUUAAAAGUCCUACAUGUAUACUUUUAUCAGCUUACAGUUCUUAUUUUUGUGGUACUGUAAAUCCACAAUUCCGAAUAAUUUCUGGCCAAGAAUGGAGAAUAUUAGUAGUGGACCUCGCUGACUACUCCCACACUUAAAACUAUGCAUUUUUACUACACAAAUAUUUAGAAAAUUUGAAUUGGUAGUCGUACAUGUGUCCAUAAUUGAUCAUGUUAUAGUUCUCUAUUGAUAGUGUAACGAAUUCCCUGCGGAAAGCGACCUGCCUCUGUUGCUGCGCAUGCGCAGAGUGUUUAAAAAAAAAACGGUUGAGUAUUAAAGUUCAUCCUACGCCGAUUAUUGUUGCGCAUGUAUUUGCUCAAAUCGGCUGGUGAUAAGUAAGUUAUGAUGUUCGCCACGUAUUCUGCAAUUAUGUUGUUGUGUUGCCGGCUGGAUAGAUUCCAAAACCUUCCAUCACCCUUGGUCGAGCAGUUUAUUCAACAAAGGAGGCCAAUUGCCGUUGAUCACCUCUCGACGACUCGCCACUUGUCACCCGGCGAACAAUCGAGAAACGGCCUAGGAUGCUUGAAAACGAGCAUUACAGCUUAUCAAAGGCCAUUGAUACAUUCCUGCAUUUUAAACAGCCACACCCCCUCACUUGAGUACUGGAUGUAGCCUUAUAUAAAAAUAAAGGGUGCCUCCAAACUUUCCUCAGUAGAAGGAUUGACGUUGUAGCACCGCAGACCGAAUUCAAGUGAAGCCAGGAUGCCGCAAAUCAGCAGUGGUCAAAAAACUUUGGAGAUGGUCCUGAGUGAAGUCGACCCCGUCACUUCCGAUGGAGAAGAAAUGGAGCCUUUUACAUCUGGUGAGGAGGAGGAGGAGGACGACGGUGAAGAGAACACUGCGCUGCCGCCUGCACAAAAGAAAGCCCGACUGGAGGCGUGUACCGGGUCAGAACAGACGGCCAAAGAUGGCACAGUAUGGCACGAGCAAAAUCUGGGUUGCCCUCUCCCUCACAGCCCCGUUGAAUGUUACUCCGCGGAUGGGCAACCAACUAUUCCCGUCCGUCAAAAAGCGACAACCCGUUUGGAGAGUUUCCUUUGUUUCAUCACUCCGGACAUGCUUCAAUCCAUUCAGCGUUGGACUGUUCGGCACGGAAAGGACACAGAGGACAACUGGUUUUUGUCCGUCUCUGAGCUAAUGGCGUUCAUCGCCAUCAUCUUCUUGCGGGGAAUUACCAAGCUUCCGGCUUUACGAGACGCUUGGUCUGAAAAACUCGGAAACCCCGGCAUCAUGAUGAUCAUGAGCCGAAACCGUUUCCAGGACAUCAUGAGACACCUGCGCUUCGACGAUAAGGAGACGCGCGCCAAACGAGUCGAGAAGGACAGGUUCGCCGCCAUCUCCGAUCUUUGGAGUUGCUUUGUCACGAACUGCAUUUCGUCUUACGACCCGGGAAGGCACAUCAACGUGGACGAACAGCUCCUCCCGACUAGGACUCGAUGCAGUUUCUUGCAGUACGUUCCGACAAAACCGGACAAGUUCGGGAUCAAGUUCUGGGCGGCGUGCGACCUGAAGACGAAAUACGUUUGCAACAUGAUUCCCUAUCUCGGGAAAGACCUUAACCGUCCCUCGGAGGUGAGACCGGAACGCGACGUUGUGAUGCAGUUGAUGGAGCCAUUUCUGGAUCAAGGUAGAACGGUAACAACCGAUCAUGUCUUCACAUCGAUGGAACUCGCCAAACAACUCCUUGAACGCAAGACCAACCUCAUCGGAGCAAUCAAGAGGAUUCGCCGGGAGCUUCCCGAAUCGACUUUGGACCUUCAGCAAUACAGCACUCAAGUGUUUUCUACACCCGUUGCGGCGCUGACGGUCUACGCCGCCAAGCGUAAGAAACCUGUCUACAUCCUUAGCACCAUGCACGACGUUGUGGAAACUAACAAGACUGGCAAAAUGAAACCAAACACACUACUCGACUACAAUAAAACCAAAUGCGGCGUGGACGCCAUGGACCAGAUAGUGCGAAGUUACACCGUGCGCGCAGGAACACGGCGCUGGCCCGUCGCGGUGUUUUACAACAUGUUGGACAUUGCGGCGCUGAACGCACAAGUUUUGCACCAGGCGUGCACGGGCGUCAACGAAAGACGGGUGGACUUCCUGGUGGAGCUCGCGAGUGAGUUGGCAGACUCCCAUCUGGUAGAACAGAGCGCCAACGUGAAGAACCGUCCUCGGGAACGACCCGCCACACCGGAGCCUGGGAAGCGUGUGAAGUGCCAGGUGAAAAGCCGCUGCAACAGCAAUAAUACCACCAUGCGCUGCGUCGACUGCUCCCGAUUCACUUGCGGGAAGUGCAGGAAGGAGUUGGUUUGCAAGUGCAACGAUUGUGCGGCAUAAAGGACAGAGGGUGGAUACAUUUGUGUUUUCUAUAUUUCAGAGUUUAGAGUGUGAUAACUGUUGUUUGAAACCUGUGCAAUCAAUCAAUAAAUAAAUAAAUUAAAAAAGAUUUUUCCCAUUCGGGAUUUUUUUUGCCAUGUGCCAAAAUUGAUUUUGCCAUGUGGCAUUUUUUUGCCAUGUGGCAAAAUGGAUUUUGCCAUUUGGCUUUUUUUUUUUUUUUUACCAUGUGGCAUUUUUUUACUGUGUGGC